AUGCAAUCCAGGUUGGGAAUCGUCCCGUCGUGGGGAGGAGCGAACUAUAUGGCGUCCAUUAUCGGUCGAAGCACGGCGUUACGUCUUAUGACUACAGCUCCGAUGUUCAGUGCAUCAGAAGCUAAGGACAUAGGAUUCGUUGACGUCAUAUAUGAUUCCGAUGAAGAUUUUGAGAAAUUCAUUUCCUCUAUGGUGAAAAGUGGAGCAGACGUCUGUCGAGCUCAGAAGGCUAUGCUUCUCGCUAUAGAAAAUGACAAGGAAGAUGCUAAGCUUGACGUCAUCCGUUCUGUGUGGGGAGGACCAGCUCAGAGAAGCGCAAUAAUGAAGCAAAUGAAGGCAAUCAGCGAUAAGAAAUGA